GAUAUGGCCGCCGCUGAGGUAGUGAGAGAAGGUCGUUUAUCUGGCAAAAUUGCCGUCCUUACUGCAGCAGCACAAGGCAUUGGACGUGCUACUGCGAUAGAAUUUGCAAAAGAAGGAGCGCGUGUUAUUGCCACUGAUAUAAACGAAGACAAAUUAUUCGAGCUGAAUGAUAUUCCUGGUAUUGAAACACGACCAUUGGACGUCACAGACAGUAAGGCCAUUGAGAAACUGGCCGACGAUUUUAUAAGGAUUGAUAUUUUAUUUAAUUGUGCAGGUAUUGUCCUAAGUGGCUCAGUUUUGGAUUGUGAUGAAAAAGAUUGGGAUCAGAGUUUUGAUGUGAACAUCAAAAGCAUGUUUUGGACAUGCAAACAUUUCAUUCCAAAAAUGUUAGCAUAUAAUUCUGGUUCUAUUAUCAAUAUGGGAUCCGUGGCAUCCAACAUUCUUGGUGUAACCAACAGGUUUGCUUACAGUGCAACCAAGGCUGCUGUCAGUGGGUUAACUAAGUCAAUUGCCGCCGACUUUGUGUCCAGGGGUAUUCGUUGUAAUUGCAUUUGCCCAGCUCGUAUUGAGACACCAUCACUGUGUGGCCGUUUAGAAAGUUCACCUGAUCCACAAAAGACAAGAGAAGAUUUUCUGAAUUUACAAAAGAUGGGGCGUUUUGGAAAACCUGAAGAGGUGGCAAAGUUAGCUGUUUAUUUAGCUUCAGAUGAAUCAGCAUUUACUACAGGCCAAGAGUUUGUUAUUGAUGGUGGAAUGAGUUUACCAUAAUUGGACAAUUUUGCU